AUGUGUAAGGAGAUGGAGGCUUUGAGGAAUGUAGUCUUGUGUAGUAGGAUGCGACAUAAUAUAAUGAUUACGCAGUUAAAGAAGUCUUUUGGCUUGAUGGUUUCAAUGUGGGAUGUGGUUAUGUCUUGUAGGCAGACAAAGAAGGGACUUUUAUACUUUGGUAGAGAGGGAGAUUUGAGUAUAAAUGAGGAACGUUAA